GUUACCACUGCUGAACUUCUGCUCUUCUGAUUUGUCGUUCUCUUGCAUAGGUUACUUCAGUGUAAACUCAUCCAAAAUGAAGACUUUGUCACUGAUGUUAUGUGGGCUUCUGUUCGUCAGCCUCACCGGAGCACAUGGACUCAACCUCUUCCAUGAAAACUACGUGGUGGCGAAGAGAAACGACGCCAAGUCGGUCACACUGACCUGCCGCACGAAGGCCAGCGGAGCCGUCACAUGGAAGUUUCACGGUGAUGCGCUGGAGGACGUCGACCUGGAGGACAACUUCCAGCAGACGGGUCUACACCUGGCCGUGUCGUAUGUGGACACCCCCAUGUUGGGAGAAUACAGCUGCUGGAGGGGAACGCAAAUGUUAUCAUCCACUUAUCUGCUGCUGGAAGGCGAGGAGGAAGAAGACUCGGAUUCUCUCUCCAUCAGUUGUCGGGCAAAGUCCUACGACUGUAACUUCAGCUGUGACUGGACCCACAAUGGACAAACAGCAGUGCGCCUUGGACUUGGCCAUGACUGCAGUGAGGGUAGAAGGUCGUGUCACUGGAACAGCGGCGAUCAGCUCGUAGACGGGAGAUUCCAUUUCGAGCUGUCUCACUCGCUCUCGCCAUACGCCGAGGAGAGCACCAUGCUGGAAAUCACUGGCGAGGCCAUCGUCGACCUGUCCGUCGUCAGGAAAACCAAAAGAUUUUACCUCAGGGACAUCGUUCAACCCGAUAGUCCCCAGAUUGUGAAGUGUCAGGAGGGGGAAGAGGACCUGAACGUGACCAUUGACCCCCCGUCCAGCUGGUCAACCCCUCACAGCUUCUUCAGUCUGGAGCACGAGAUCGAAUACUUGUUGAAAGACAACGGCAAGACUGGACGUUCCUCAUCCAUCCUGCUGCCGAAGGGGAUCAGCAAGCUGAGGGUUCGCUCCAGAGACUCGCUGGUGCUCUCAGCCUGGAGCCAGUGGACCGCCUGGAAAAAUGUGAGAACAGGGACAAAGGACCUAUGUAAAUGCAAAAACAAAGCAAGAUCUUGCUGCCCAGAGUUGCCACCUGGAUUCUUGGACAAAUGCAAGGGACGGGAGAAAAAAAAGAACAAAAAUGCAAAGAAAAAACAUGCAAUUUAUAAAGAAGAUGCUCAAUAAGAACAUGCAUUGUAACUGGGAUUCUGCUGGUGUACAAACUUUUUUUAUCCGGGAAUAGUGGACACAUAUUGGGUGUAUUUAACUGAUGUUAUUAAAUUGUAUUUGUCAAACUAAGAUACAACAUUGGGGAUGGUGCAACACAUAUA